CUGACCAGGGCGCGGGUGAGGCAUCUGCCAUUGUGAUCCGUCCAAUAAAGGGAGCAAUGUCACAUUCAGCCAAUCACCACACUAAUGAUCACAUUCGGCCUCGAGGCAACGACUGCCAUCGUGCUGUUGGGAGGGUCAGAGUGGUAUGCACACCCUGGUAUGGUCAUUGCAAGUGGGCAGCAUCAGCUUAAUUCCGCCAGCCACUUCGUGCGGCAGUGGCUGCCAAGUCGCUCAUCUCAUCGCUGAUUGCAGAGCUGCGAUCCUGAGUCCGUCAUCGGCGGCUUUGAGAGGACUUGUCACGCAGGUCGGCAUGUCCGCGGAUCCGAGCAGAUGCUUUGCUGUCUGGUAUGAACCUCCUUGAAGGGCUGCGCAGGCACAGCGUUGCUGUAUGGUCCCCUCUG